AUGGGCUCCAAACGUCCCCAUUCCGACGUUGAAGGCGCGUCAUCGCGACACAAUGCACCCAACAAGAGAACGAAACAACACUUCCAGAGUCACAAGCCGGCCACUCAUGGCAACACGACCCAGCUAGGCGCUUCCCUGCACGAGGUCAAGAGGCGCGCGAGGAACAUCGAGCGGCGCUUUGCCAAGGGCGAUGAUCUCCCUGCGGAUGUCAAACAAAAACUCGAGCGAGAGCUUGCACAGUGCAAGAGGCAAAUCGACGAAAUAUCGCACAAGAAGAAGCGCCAGGAGAUGAUCUCCAAGUAUCACGGGGUCCGGUUCUUUGAGAGGAAAAAGGCGGAAAGACUGCGCAAGAAGCUGAAGAAACAGGCCGAUGAGGCCACCGACCCGGAGGAGAGAGCCCGCAUCGAGGCUGAUCUGCACAUAGCGGAUGUUGACUACCACUACACCAGAUACUUUCCGUUCCUGGAAAAAUAUGAGAGUCUAUACAGUGCGCACGAAAAUUCAAAGGAUGAGGAGGCAGAUGGCCAGCCAGCCGCGAUGCGAGCCUUGCACUCUGAGCGGCCAACCAUGUGGAAAGUCGUCGAGGAGGCAAUGAGGAACGGCCAGGCUGCGCUGGAGCAGCUGCAGGAGCGCCGGCCGGAGAAGUCGCAGGAGCACCAGCUGGAGAAACCCAAAUUAAAGCCAACGAAAGAUAGGUCAGCGAAGCCGAAGCCCUCGAAACCCAGUUCUGGCGUCGAUUCUACCCCCAUACCCAAGGCAGAAGGGUCGAAGAAGAGCUCAGGAGGAGUACCCAGCGCGGAGGGCAAUCGCCGGCAAAGACGCGCCAAGGGUAUCUUCAAUAAAAAGGAGCCUUCUGGCAGCGACGACAAUGGGCUCGGUUUCUUUGCUUAA